CAGCAGCCUGUCGGGGAGAAUAAUGUCUUUUCUCUCUCUCUACUUGAACUACAGUCCUAAACAAACUCAAACUGUAACCGAAACUAAAUCCAAAAUGGUAUCAAUAAUAAUAGUUACAAUUAUUGUUGUUGUGGCUCUCCUCCAUCCCGCUUGGAGCUUCAUCAUCACCUUGGAUGCCCACGAGCACGAGUGCUUCUACGAUACGGCUAAUGUCAAUGACAUGGUCACCAUAUCCUUUGAGGUCAUGGAGGGCGGCUUCAAGGAUGUGGGCGUAGAGAUCUCAGGACCUGAUGGAGACAUAAUGCAUCAAGAACAUCGCGAGACCACCGGCAGCUUAAGCUUUGCGGCCAUAAAGAAGGGUCGCUAUAAGCUGUGCUUCGACAAUGAAAUCUCCACACUGACCCCCAAGAUUGUCAUGUUCCAGUUCCAUGUGGUCAAACCCCUGGACUACUAUGCAGAUCCCAGCAAGCGAUCGGAUGAUGUCCUAGAGCAGGCCAAACUGCAGACGAUGGUUAACCAGCUGUCGGCCAGGUUGGGAGCCAUACGAGUGGAGCAAGAGUACAUGCAUUUCCGCUACCGGGGACACAUGGACAUCACCUACAGUGUCCAGGAUCGCAUCCUGGCCUGGUCGGUCUUCGGGCCCAUGAUGCUGCUGAUUAUGACGGUGCUGGAGGUGUACUACCUAAAGCGUUUCUUCGAGUUCAGGCGAGUGGUUUAGUGCCUUUUUAAGGGUUUAGUAAUAAAAGGCAGCUUGGCAGCUUGGCUUAGUUACUUGUAAAA